AUGCCGGUCCUCAACCUCAGUGAGCUCAACAUCGUGUUGGGAGUCUUGGGUGGCUUCAUGGCAUUGUAUGGUAUCAUUUCUGUCAAGAUCAAGCAGUCAUGGUACCUUGGAGAGGCUUUGCCUGCGAUGGUGUUUGGCAUCAUUCUUGGACCAGUCUCAGCCAAGUUUCUCGAUAGUGAGAGAUGGGGUUCGGCAGAGCCUGGUCAGACUGAGGACAUUGCUCUGGGUCUGAUGCGAGUUGUCAUUGGUGUUCAGCUCGUCAUCGCUGGUUACUCGCUGCCGGCAAAGUACAACGUGACUCGCUGGAAAGAGUUACUCAUGUGCCUGCUGCCAAUCAUGACCCUCAUGUGGCUUUUGACGACCGGCUGCAUUCUAGCCACUGUUCCCAAGCUUAGUCUUCUUGCUGCGCUGGCCCUUGCAUCAUGCGUUACAUGCACCGACCCUGUGCUCUCACAAGCUGUUGCGAAGGGUCCUUUUGCGGACAAGUAUGUUCCUCGACACCUCCGAGAGAUCAUCUCAUCUGAAGCUGGUGCCAAUGACGGAUUCGGCUUCCCGUUUCUCAUGCUUGCCGUCUACCUGAUGCGACAUGCAUACGAGCAUCCUGAGCAAAGCGGUGCUGAGGCCGCGCACCUUGCUGCACGCGCCAGUGAAGAAGUUGGACGUCUUGGUGGUGGUAUUGGUGAAGCUAUGAAGAACUGGGUUGUUGAGACUUGGCUCUACUACGUCGCCAUGGGUAUCGCCUACGGCGCUGUUGUCGGUUUCACCUCAUGCAAGGCCAUCAAGUACGCGAUGCGUCGAGGAUGGGUCGAUGAAGAAUCUUAUCUGCUCUUCCCCGCAGCUCUCGGCCUCUUCAUCAUCGGCACGACAGGCGCCAUCGGCACAAACGAUCUCGUCGCCUGCACCGUCGCUGGCAACAUGCUCAACUGGGACGGCGAAUUCCUCGCCGAGACGCAUCGCCGCCACGACGAAGUCAACCACUGCAUCGACGUGCUGCUCAACUUUGGCGGUUUCAUGUUCAUCGGCAUAGUUCUUCCCUGGGAGUCGUUCCACGACCCCGACGGCACUGGCGUUACGGUGCCCAGACUUAUCGCUCUUGGCUUCAUGGUCCUUGCGUUCCGACGCAUCCCGGCCAUUUUGCUACUGUACAAGGCCAUGCCUGCUGUUGUCAAGGAUUAUAAAGAGGCGCUGUUCAUGGGUUAUUUCGGGCCUAUUGGUGUCGGCGCCGUCUUCUACCUUGAGCACAUGAAGCACUUGUUUCCUCAUCCUGAAGACGCAGACCAAGAAGAGCGCGAUCUUCUGGCUGCUCUCGGUCCAGUCAUCUACUUCCUCGUCUUCUUCUCUAUCGUCGUGCACGGCCUUUCAAUCCCUCUUCUAGACUUUGUCUACCGCAAGAGAGGCGUUGAGCCCAUCCAAGACGACGCCAUUUCCAUCCGCCGCAAGUCAUUCACCUCAGCGACGCCCGUCAACGCGAUCGCCGCUGAUGAAGACAACUUCAUCGCGUUCAAUCGCUUCAGCAGGCCUGUCGACGAGAACGGAAUACUGCCUGGUGAGAUCCCGCCUGCUGUUUUGGCGAGGAAUGAGUUCGCUGUGUUUUCUGGCGAUCAUUCGUCAGAGGAUGAUGAGAGGGAGAGGGAGGAGCAGGAGAAGAGACGGCAGAGACGGACGAUUCAAUAUAUGGUUUAG